CCGAUGCUCCCUCUUCUCCUGGCAGCGAGGGGGAAGGGGCGGUGCUUCCACUUCGCCCCAGCCAGCCUCCGGCAAACCGGCCGCCGUUGCUUUGUGCGCGAGGAGCGGAGCGGAGGCGGCGGCUGCUGCGUGGAGUCCCCCAGCCGUGAGUGCGGGGCUCCCAGGGCCUGCCGGGCCGCGGCCGAGAGCGGGGCAGGAAUUAAAAUGUCAUCUUGGGUUAAGGUUACCAGGGGUCAAGUUCAGAAACCUAUUGUGGAUAAAAGGCAUAGACCCGGAUGGAUUCCACGCCUUCUGGACAUAAAUCCUUACAGACCAUACCAGAAAAGUCCUUAUUCUCCCCAAGAUGGUUAUUCAAAGGACUUUGAAGACCUGAAUAGUUUUGAAGAACUAUUUGGACAACAGUAUGACUAUUCACCAGGAAAUGAAGAUUACUAUGAGAGAUACCAGUAUUCCCAAAAAGCAGGUCCCAGUCUGCAUGAGAUCCCAGGGAUACCCGGAAGACAAGAGGCAGCAGUGGCAGCCCAGCAGCCAGGUUCUUCCAGGCGACAGGAUCCGGAGCAUGAAUCCUCAGCAGUGGAAGUUGGCCCAACCGCCCCUUGCUCCCGAGAGACGUGGAGAACAGCAAGGGCUGCAAGUGUGGUCCCCCCGGCAGGGGUAUCUCCUUUGCCAGUAGUGGAUGAUGACUAUACCAGGGAUGAUCGUAGGGAGAAGCUAUACCUACAGUUUUACCAGCAGAUACAGAAAGAGUAUGAUAAAGAGAGACCUUCUGACUGUAUCAUUGUGGCCAUCAGCAAGGAACAAACGGAAUAUGCAACAGUCAUAGGCCAUCGGUUGCAGGAUCAUGGCCUUGUGGUGGAAAUGAUAUACCUUACAUCUGAGUUGGGUCUCACACGCGCCCUCCAAGAAGUUAAAAAUGAUGGUUCCCCAUUUUGUAUUCUUGUUGAACAGUCAAAUGUAGCACUUUCCUCUUGCACCGUAAUCAUGCUUCAUGAGUCUAUCAAAAUACACCGUAAUAUGCCCAUGGAAGAUGCAUUGGCUCUGGUAGUUAAAGCAUUUGGGAAAAUUUUUGCUGAGCGUGAGCAGCAGGAGCGUGCCGAAAUUUCACACAAAGCAGCUGAUCUGGCGGAUGACUACCUAGAACGGGAGCUCUGUGGGAGUUACAGUGUGCCUCUAGGCAUUAGACAUCUCCUCUUUCUGUUAAGUGAGGGAAAAUAUUUAUAUCGUGAGGAGUUGAACUCAAUAAGUGACUACCUGAAGACCAGGAAAGAUGAGCUUGAAGCCCUUGUUGAACAAACUGAUCCUUCAACUGAAGUUGAAGACACACUGUAUCAAGCAAACGUGAUGCCAAGUACAAGCACUGCCACCCAUACCUUAAGUAAACCUCCACCCCUUCUGCCGACACCCAACAGGAAUGUUCUUUUAGGCCAGUCACCCCUUCCUCCAGGUAAACCUGCAUUGUUGGGUGAUAGGCCAUCGGGAGCUCUUCUUCCAACACCAGGGAUGUCCGGUGCAAAGGGUAAACCUCCACCUCUUCUAGCAGCACCUGCUAAAAGACCUGGUCUUCUAGGAUAUUCACCCCAUCAGCCUGCAAAACGACCACUACUUGGAGAGAAACCUGGACUUUUGCCAACACCAGCAGUCUCGGAUGAUGACCCAGCACAGUUCGUUUUAAGAACACUUUCACAGCGGAUUUGACAAAACGCAAAGAAGGUACCCAUUUGAGAUUUCUAAAAAUAGCUACAGCACUCGACCCAAGGUUUAAGAAUCUGAAGUGCCUUCCAAAAAUCUGAUCGGGACGAGAUGUGGAGCAUGCUUUCAGAAGUCUUAAAAGAGAAACACUCAGAUGCGGAAACUAUAGACCCCGAAUUACCAAACAAGAGAAUCAACCUUCUGCUGUUGGCAUCUGACUCAGAUGAUGAAAAUGAACAUGCGUCGGUCCGCUCUGCUUUGGAUCGUUAUCGAGCAGAACCCAUCAUCAGCAUGGAUGCAUGUCCCCUGGAAUGGCGGUUGAAGCAUGAAGGGACAUAUGAAUCUUUAGUGCAUUUGGCACGUAAAUAUCUUGCAACGCCGGCAACAGUGCCAUGCGAACACCUGUUCUCAUUUUCAGGUGACAUUGUAAACAAGAAGCAGGUAGCAUUAUCACCUGCAAAUUGUAACCAAACUUGUUUGUCUGAGCGAUUGGCUGAAGUAGGACUGAGUGGAUUUUGUUUUAUUUUUGAAUGCAGUUAUUCUUUUGUACAUAAUUCUACAUUUGUAAGUUCAACUUCCAUGAUAGAGAUUGCACUACAGUACUUGCAUUCGGUGAAUUGAAAAAUACUAUCUUUUUUUACAGUGCAAAUAUUUGUAAUCAAAAAUAAAUAUCAAGCGAGCACUGUACACGUUGUAUUCUGUGUUGUAACUGAAAUCAAUAUAUUUGAAAAUGUAGAAAACACCCAAAAAUAUUUAAAUAAAUGGAAUUCUAUUAUUGUUUAACAGCGCGAUUAAUCACAACUAAUUUUUUUAAUCUCUUGACAGCCCUUCUAUACAUAUAAAAGUAGCUCUUACCACUAAAGAAAGAGAUAUUGGAGUCAUUGUGGAUAGUUUUUUGAAAACAUCCACUCAAUGUGCAGCCGUAGUCAAAGAAGCUAACAGAACGUUGGGAGUCAUUAGGAAAGGAUAGCAAGUAAGACAGAAAAUACAAUAUUGCCUCUGUAUAAAUCCAUGGUAUGCCCACAUCUUGAAUACUGUGUGCAGAUCUGGUUGCCCCAUCUCAAAAAAGAUAUAUUGGAAUUGGGAAAA